AUGAUGGUGGGCGGACGACGAGAGCGCAGAAGCAGCACUCAUGGUGAUGUCUUAUGCGAAGCUAGUCAACCUCAGUCUGGAGCUGGUAUAGGGAUGAACCCAGCAGUUGGAAUCACUUUAGGUGUUUCUGGAAUUGAUGAUCCACCUUUUAUUCAAUCGCUCCAGCAAAGCCAUCCUGCGCGAACUGUUGAACCGGACUGGUUUACGCUGGGUAAUAGUUUUCUAUUUGGUCGUGACGGGGUUUCCAUCAACGAAGCAAAGGCUGUUCAAUACUAUAAAUUGGCUGCUUGCAAUCCGGAAGGAAGCUCAGAUGCCAUGAUAUUCUCAAUUCUUGCAAUCCAAUGUCCAUCAUAUCGUGGCUUUGAGCCUGCUCUUGUUUCAUACUUGGCAUAG